UGGUAACAGUACUCAAGCAAAUGCAAACUCCAGAAUAUCUCUGCAUUCCCCACUUGGUGUAGGACAUAUCGACCUACCAGAUACUGAAAAUGAGGAUACUUUGGAAUUACAGAUGAAGCAGCUUAGCCUUCCUCAGUUCUGUGUUUCCAUCUUGGAAAAUGCAAUACCUCUUCUAAGAACAGGCAGUAGGAGAGUGACGAUGGAAGUUCUUGAAUUGCUUGUCGAAGACAUGUUCCUUAUUGAUGAUGCUAUUUCUGAAAAUGUUUGGGAAGAUGAUAGCCUUUUUGCAUUGGAAUUGAAAGACAAGUUGCUUCUGAUCUUGGGUUUGCUUGGAGAAACUAUAUUAUAUCACAAAACCAAUAUAAGUGCAGAGCAGCCUAAGGUGAUUUUGGUGCAUCACAGAAUGGCAUUUAUUAGCAUUUCGCUCUUCACUGUUAGAUUACUGCAAAUACUUCUCCCUGUAGAAAAGGCAAGUAAAGUUUUACAAAAGAGUUUGCUGAAAGCUUUAUUUAUUCUCUCUCUGGAUAUGCCCUUCUCUUUGGAAUACCCAAGCGUUCACGAAUCCAUUGCAGCUUAUCUGGAGCAGAUGAGUACUGAGGACUACAGUAUUUAUAAGCAAGCUUCAGAUGCUGCAUAUUCAAUUGAAUGCACUUGUAGCUUUAUGACUGAAGCUCGUAAGAAGGGGGACAAGAAUCUUUCUGAAUUAGUAGAAUUGGCAGAUCAAGCCUUGAGUAGUCUACCCUACCAUCAACACUUUCCCUUGAUUCAGGAAUGCAUUCAGAUAUGCUCAAAUAUUUGGAAGUCUGCUGACACUAACUCAUUGCUCCAGGCUGAGGGUCAGAAGGUGCUUCUCUGUCUCUUGUCCCAUCCUUUGAUGAAUGUAAAAUCUGAAACCUAUCGCUGCUGUUUGGAAGUGGUUAAGGACUGUUUAGGUAUUCAUAAUAUUGCUAAGUCUGUGUCUUCAAACUGCCACGGAGUACAUUUUCUUCUUCAUCCAAAAGUUUUGUAUGAAAUCUGCAUGUUUGGCCUUCAGGAAGAUAAGAAUGAGGUGAACUCUACAGCCAAGGCCAUUCUGAUGCAUCUAUUGCAGGGACGAUUGAUAAUGUCAGUAUUGACUUGGAACAAGUUUAUUGAGGCCCUAUGUCCCAUCAUUCCUGUUUUACAGGGUUAUGCUGACACAAAAGAUACUCUAGGUAACUGUAUCCUCACUUUGAGUGAAACAACCUCUGACAUAGGAGAGGGUAUUCUCCCUAGAACUACUAGACUACAGGCUGCUCUGCGUCUUCUCUUCUCAAAAAAACAGUUGGUUCGUUCCAUAGCACUUAAACAUUUAAUGUUCCAUCUUUUGAAUGAAGAAGGGGCAAACCUGAAACGGCCGCAUCUGCAUGGUAGUGUUCUUUCCAGCAUUUCAAACUUAUUUAUUCUAGAAAGAGCUAUUGAGCUAAAAUUGGAUGAUAAAAUGGAGUCGAUAUUUAAGGCAGAAACUGUUAAAAAGCUGUAUGACCUCUUGACUUCUGAUGCUGCUGACCUAGUUUUACGAAAGUCUGCAGCCGAGCAGCUAGCUAUCAUUUUAGAAGAUACCAAAAUGCAUGGCAUUGUGAAAAAGUUGGGUGUCAUAGAAAAGAUUUUGGCUUACCUUAAUGAAUAUAUACACGUGGAUGGCAAGAUUAUGGAAUCCAUAGUGUUGCCAUGUCUAACACUCUUACGUGAACUUGUAUAUGCUGAUCCAGUCAUUCGUCUGUCCCUAGCACAGCAGUCAUCAUUACUGCUUUUGCUAUUCAGAGUUUCCCUGAUAUUCCAAGAUGAUCGUGCUGUUUUAAAUGAAACUACAGUUUUACUUUGUCUUCUAUUGUUUGAUGAAGUAGCAAGAACAGAAACAUGGUAUGAAAAAAACAGUAAUGAUACUGGUCUGCCUUCCUUCAGUUUACCUGUUGCUGUUGUUAGACGGUAUCAUCUCCCAGUCAGGAUCAGUGCUCAUCAUGUAGUUAGCCCUAAUACUGUUGUGGUGCCAUUGUCUUCUGAGUGCAUGACUAUGAAACCUGUGUCAGAUAUGCUUAAGAUGGCUUGGAAUCUGUCAUGGUACCAUGGGAUUGAAAACCUAUUGCAACUGACACAUUAUGAGGAAGAAGCAGAAACAUUUCUAGACUCUCUAAAGUUAUCCUCAGAAGACAGUCUUAUACUCAAAAUAACUCACACAGACUAUGGACUGCAGGAUUGUUUUAAUUCAAUCAUUCAGGCAGCAUCUCACAGGGAUGUUAGGGCUGCUCUCACUACGCUUAGUUUUUACAUUCUAAAUGACAGACUUGCAUUAAAAUGCAGUUCUGGGUCUUAUGGAACGACUUUUAAGAGCUUUGUUUGUCUAAAGGCAAUAAGCAGGUUUCUGCAAGUGCUUCCAGCUUCUGCAGAAGAUGAGAAACUUUUAGUAGAUGUCAUAAGAUUUUUAAACAAAUUGCUUAAAGAGCAGAGAUCAAGUUUGGAGACAGCCCAUCUAAAGUGGAUGCUGCAAUCAUUGCUUAAAAAUAACCCAAAAUCCCUUUUGAGUCUCCUGGUGCGACCAGAAUCCCAAGUGCGGGAUGAAAUAGAUGAAAUACAGACUGCUGUCAGGCAGCAACUGGAUAAAGAACUCAUUCGUCUUUUUAGCACAUUGUUAUUUUGUUCCAUGUCAGUAACUGACAGAGAGGGCUUGGAACUUGCUGGCUCUUUCAGAACCGAACUGGCUCUAAAGCUGCUACAAUGCUUAAGGCUAACAGACGCGCCACAUUUUUAUGGACUUCCCUCACUGGAGAGAGCAUUACAAGGAAUGGUUCAUGUUACUGCACUUCCAGGCUGGAGUACCUAUUCUGCUGCAGCUCAACCUGUCACGAUUUGUAAGAAAUAUUUAACAGGUCUUCUUGAGGUCAUCUCAUCGUUUUAUGUAGAAUGGGGAGGAAAUGCUAUGUCCUUCAUGGGAAAAGGUGUUACGAAAAGCACAGUUCUUUGCUUGCUUCACUUAUCUCAUGAAAUGAUGACUCAAGCCAAGGAUACAGACUGGAUAUCUCUUUGGUCUUUGCCUUAUGAUAACAGUGAAGAACAAGUCAUUUCUCAGCUAGGUCUGGCAUGGCUGGUUCCUUUAUGGGUAGAUAGAGACCCUGAGGUCAGAUUUACAUCACUUGGAAUAGGAUCAGCUCUUACAUCUCUUGAAAUAGGAUGUAUUGCUUUAGCAGAAAGUUGCCAAAACAUUUCAGGAGGGCUGUGGGGAACAGUGAUAAACAUCCUUCUGGACCAAUCUGAAUGUAGCAUGGUACGCAGAGAGGCUGCUUUUAUUCUACAAAAUCUCCUUGUGAUUCCAAUUCCUUCAGAAGACAUGAAAGAUUCUAUGUGGCAAGGUCCCUGUGUUCAUGAUGAAGAAUCUGGCCUCUCUCAGAUGGGAAAACCUGCACUAAAAGCCCUUUUGUUUCAUUCCCAAUUCUAUGAACACGUCAAUCAGAUGGUGAAACACUGUUACCUAGGAUGUUAUAUGUUUGAUUUGAAUUCUUCCAAGGAAGACAACCUCAAAAUAAAAAAAGGUGCCAUAGCUGAUUUUGAUGAUUCUCUUAAUCUUUGGAAGGCUCCAUCCAGUCAAAGCCGAUCUUCACAUUCUCAGUCAACAUCUGAAACUAUGAUUCAGUCUGCAUCACCAUCACUGGGUAGCGUUGCUGAGCUUCAGGCAGUAGUCCAAACAAAUUCCACCAGUUUUAUUCCUGAAACUGUAGCUGAUCGUCUUAUGGCACAAGGUCAAAGUGAUACAACCACAGCAGAAUCUCCAAGUCAACACGAUUCUCCCAUGUCUGCUACUGUGUCUAAACAGCAUGCUGUAGUCACACCUGCCCUUUUGUCAGCUGUUUGCAGCCUUCUGCACAAUCUGCUGGUUGUCACACCACAAGAUACUGGAUUUGCUCUUCAACAAGCACAUCUGCUAACAGCUCUCAGCAGGCUUGUAAGUGCUAAUCUGGUUGAGAGAUGCAUCUUCGAACUUAAAGCUCCAUUGGGUCAUCAUGCAUGUCAUGCAGAACAUGUAAAAGCUCAGGUAUUAUUACUACUGCAAUACUGGUCAUCUCUGUCCAGGCUUCUGAAAUCAUGUUUAUUGGUGGACUCUCAGCUUGUAAUCCAGGAUGAAUUGUUGAAACCUCUCUUGGCAAAUACCUUUGCAAUCCUCGCCAUUCGCCCCAAAGACGGGUUAGAUACCGAGUUAACAUCUGUACUUCAUGAAACAUGCGUAGACUUUUUCAACCUUCUAGCUACGUUAUUGUGGAAGACUGGGCAAAUAACUUUUCCCUCUGUGGCAGCAGCCCUUGCAAAUCAUUGUACAGCAAUAAUUG